GUCUUUUAUUAACCCUAAGCCAGAAGAAGUCUGUCUAGUUUUUGUAGUGACUCUUCAGUAGUUUUGUGUUUUGAUGUAGUGAAGAAAUCAUACAACUAUUAAAAAAAAGAAAACAAUGGGCAAGAAAAUAUUGAUUUGUGCAUCAUCGAUAGUGUUGUUUUUAACUGUUUUUACAAAAACUGCAUCAUCUUCCAUAACAAACGAAAAUAUCCGCGAUGCGAUAAUUUCCGUGGUGCAUAUGAUAAGAUCGACAGAUGACAAACUAGCGAGACAUGAAACUCGCGAGAGGGCCUUGGGUGAGACCCUAAAGAAAGCACUGUCCACGAUAGAAAAACGCCAACGACUCAUGGAACCCGUAAAAGGGGCCGUUGGAAGACUGGACGAAAGAUUAGCAGCCGUAGAAACAAUUCUACUCCAGAAAGACGAAAGGGAACGCAUACAAUCGCAGAGGGUUCUCGACGGGGUUGAUCAACUACAAAGGGACAUGCCCAUUCUGAUGGAGAAGAUUAGAAACGACGUACUACUGGAGAUUUCGAAAUUGUCAACGUCAGUACAACCCGUUCCAACUGAAACGCCCAAGACUGAUGUACUGGUACAAAACAGCAUCAAUGAGCAGCUGGGUGGUCUUACAAAAGCAAUUAAUUCUUUAGAAAAACAGUUCGAAAAAAUAGCAGCCGAAAAUUUGGAAUUAAAAUCCGCGAACGAACAAACUACAAGAAAACUGAACGACAUCAACAAGCAACUUAACAACACAGAAGAACUGCUUCUCAGAUUUACCAAUAUGGUACAAGUAAUUCCUGAUCAAUCGAAAAACGCGAACGAUUUGCAAACAACAUUCAUAAAAGCCUUGGAAAUUCAAAAAUCGAACAUAGACCAGAUCCAAUCGGACGUAAAGGCGAUGUCAGAAAAAGUUCAAAAACUUCCCGACUCCGCAGUAAUUGAAUCCUCAAAGAAUGAAACGUUAGAAGUACUGCAAGACAUUAAAUACGAGACGAUACGAUCUGCCGAUAAAACGGCUACAAUUAUAGACGCAAAGUACCAGCAGGCUGCCGCUGACGCAGAAAAAAAACACGGCGACAUGGAAAAGUCGAUGAUCAAUUUGAGCGGAAUCAUGGAAAUGCAAGGCGCCAACACGGCCGACAGCUACGAGAAACUUAAGAACGACAUACAGUCGCUGAGAAAAGUGGAAAAUGUAAUGAUGCAAACUGCUGAUAAUGUAAUGGACGUUAAACGUCUGGUUGAAUACAGCGUGCACCAAAUUCUUUUAGAAGUUGCCGAACUUAUAAAGAGCAGUUUUAAAAACACGUCAUCAUCCAUUAACGAAAGAUUCGACGAUUUCGAGCAAUCAAUUCUGGACAGUGAAAACGGCGCUCUGGCAAAUGUCAGUUCGAAAAUUGGUAAAGACAUUGACCAAGUGUGGCGCCAAAUUGGUAUAAUGUACCAACAACUGACCGUGAGUACCGAUUCCCUAAAUAAACUUCAAAACCAAACAGACGCUUAUGUUAAUGGCUCUUUAACAUCAAUGGAUUCUAUGAAAGGAAAGGUCGGCAAAAUUACCGAAAGGAUGACGGAAGUCGAUGAAAAUCUAAAUUAUCUUUUGGGACGACUUUCGUUAGUUACCCAGGAGUUCAAUAGGAUUAAAACUGGUUUGGGUCAGGCUUUGGACGACAUUAAGAGCAGCUUCGUAACUGUACAAGAAAAAAUCAGGGGACCUGGACCUCACAAAGUGCCUGACGAAGAAUACGAAAUUCAGACACUCGACGAUAACACUUUAAGUGGCAAUAAAACAUCCAAACGGGACACUACAACAUAAAUUAUUAUUAUUAUAUACAACUAAUUUAAUUUUAGUUUUUCUUUUAAAUUUCAAAAAAAAAAUUAACGUCAUUAACCGAAUAUAGAGAAAAAGAGACUUAAAUUGCAAUAUCACUACUAUUACGUAAUAGUACAUUUCUUUUUAACUCUGCCAACUCCUUUGCAUUUACUGAUUGUACAUAAUUAAUUAUUAUUGUACGUGUCUAUACUAUAUUAUCAUUAUAAUGUCGUAAACAUAGUCAAUUUUCACUUUUGUAUCAAAUUGUGAUAAAAAUAUAACAAAACCUUUAUUACUAAUAACUCGUCCUGCUUAUGAAUUAAUUAGACUUAUUACGUCUCUACAUACUAGCUACUGUAAUAAAAAUAAAAGCCGCGCGCAGAAACUUCCCUUCUAAGCCUAAAAAAAGGAGUGAAGGUUUGAUAGGAGUGGGGGGAAAAGACAGUCGCCGAGCGACUUCCUAACCAGCAGUGUGACAGUAGCAGUCAGACUGACAACAACAACUGUCGUAUUUCAUUAUUCAAGGCACAAUUUAACAGAAAAGUUAAAACAUAAGAAGCAUAAUUAUAUUAAUUUUUUAUUUAUGCAAAUUAUGCGCCUAAGUACAAUAUAGAUGCAAGAAUGGACUGCAAUACGCAGCCAAACCUAUAAUUUAAAAUACCCAUACCAACGGUACUAGUUAUGUACCUACAAAACAAUCAGUUUUUAAUACUACUUACAAACAUGUUUUAAUCUCAAAAUUAUAAGUAAAUUAACCGAGCAGCACUCUAAAUCCCUUUAAGGUUCUUAUUAACCAUUGUAAUUUUGCCAUUUGUCCCGUUUGUUUUGAAUGUUUAACAAAAACCAGUUUUGUUUAAACUUUAAACCAUUGUUUGCAAGUAGUAAAAGAAACUAAUCACAAAACAAAUAUAUACACAUUUGCGUUCUGUGGCAGUGAAACUAUUAAAAAAACCAACUUUACA